AUGGCGUCAGACUUGCCGAGCCCCGAGGCUCGCGAGUUGAGUCUGAUAGGCAAGGUCGAGUUUAGGAUUGCGAUGGCCGACUCCGAUGAGAAGCUCCAGUCCUUGCUCAUGACAUAUCUGGCUCCAAUUCUACUCAAGCUAUCAUCCGACAGCGUUGCAGUGCGCAAUAAGGUCAUCUCCGUCUGUCAGCAUGUCAACGCGCGAGUGAAGACCCCUUCCAUCCAACUACCAGUCGCCGCGUUAUUGAAGCAAUUCAAAGAACAGAAGUCUCAGCUCGUGCGUCAUUUUGACUUGAUCUAUGCACAGCAAGGUAUUGACCGUCUGGGCUCGGAGGCCAGGGUUGAUAUCCUACUCCCCUUGCUUCAAGGAAUUGCGGAAAUCGGGACAUCGGCUAGCCAGGGUGCCAUCGUCUUCAACCUCGUGCUACGACUAUUGCCCCUUUUCAAAAUUCCACCAAAGGGCAGUGAUGAGGAUCAGAAAUUGAAAGAACGCCUGAAGUUAUCCGAUGAAGACACUGGCUUUUUGUCCUUCUGGCUGACAAAGCUACUUCUUUUGUCUCCCGCAGUCGCCGAGGCUCAGACAUGCCCUGGCUUAUCACCUGAUGAAUACAAAUUCCUAAACAAGGAUGCACCUGCAAAUGAAACGUGGAACCCUGCAGCUCCUGGUGGCUUGAAUUUGACAGAAACCAAAGUCAUCGCUCUGCGCUUCCUCGGGAGUGGCGCAUUUGCCGACUCGCAGCGCUUCUUGCCCUCGUUAAUUGCCACCGCAGACGCAAACUCACGACUGGCUGAUUUGGGCGACGAGACUCUGAAGCGGUUUGCUGUGGAUCUUGAAGAUUCGACCGUUGUGGAGCAGCUAUACGAUUUGUAUUUUGGCUCCGGAAAGGCAGAUGGGGCUCCACCAGUGCGCCCACCUCUGCAAGUGAGAAUCCUAGUAUUCUUAGGCAAAUCUAUCAAAGCUACAGAGAACACACAAAGAAUCUACAGGCUCAUCGAAGAUGGGCUUCUAUCGGAUGCCGCAAGAUCCGCCCAGGGUCUGCAAGCAUCCAAGCUUAGAACGCAAAUAUUCACUUUCACCACAUGGGUCGUUCGUAUGGGCUCUCCAUCUGACCUUAAACAAAUUGCUCCCAAGCUGAUUGCCGGCUUGAGGGAUUUUAUUCAGUCACAAGGAUGGCCCAGUCCUGGUGCCAGUGGACAAAGACUCCCUGCAACUGAUCUGAGCUUGCGUGGCCUGGCUUACGAAAGUAUUGGUAUCAUGGUGCCGAAAGUUGACUUUCAGCUGCGUGAUGAAACCGGCGAGAACUUCGAAUUCGAUCUCGUUCGAUGGCUGUUUACAUCUCUCAGCUCUGAUGACUCCAGCCCACAGAUCUUUGUCAGCAUCGAUCAAGCGCUGGGAAGCAUAUUGAACUCCUCGCUGGAUAGCCAUGAUAAGGAGUUCCAAGAUCAGCUACGUCCAUUCUUGGUGAACCAGAUGGGCUUGCACCAGGGGGAUACUGAUCCAGACAAUGGCUUUGAUGUUGUUCGGGGCGUGCAGUAUGCCGCUGUGCGAUUUGCCAACCGAUUCCUUCCCUACAGUGACGUGGUUGCUCGCUGGGUUGAUCUUAUGGCCAUAGCCAGAGGCCCGGAAAGACAACAGGAAAUUGUGGAAGAGGGCAAGAAAGGUCUUCAUCCUUACUGGUUCCGACUCCUCAAUCCGGCCAAGGACAAGAAAUGGGAAGCUACGACGGCAGUCGGUGAGCGUGACGAGUCUUGGUUCGAGUUUCCCAAGUUUGCCGAGGCCACUCAAUACCUUUUCGGUUCAAGCGAUCAAGAUACAACUUCGGCUGCUCAAGGUAUAUCGACACCCCAGAUUCUAUCUGGCCCCUACAAAAAUGCGUUCGUUCCUGCCGUUGCCUUCCUGCGAAAUGCUCUGCUGUCGGAGGCAUUCUCAGCCGCGGGAAUCACAACUGAACUCGAGCAAGACUGGGAUUACAAACUGGAGGUUGAACUCUCCGCCAGUGUGGAAGCACGAAACGCGGUGCGAAAGUAUAUUUGCAACUCCGCCAAAGAACCAGUGUUCACGUUCCUGUCCGGAAUCCUUCACGGAAUCGUCAAAGAAGGAAUUCCGGAUCUACGCCAAUGCGGACUCAACUUUGUGGAGAUCUGCUCAUUGGCCCCGAAUGAUGUAGUUGAGAAGCUUCUCCCGCUUGCCCAGUCAUUGACCAAGCCCGUCUUCAGCAACAACCAAGAUAUGCAGGGCUACGCUGCCAGGGCAUUUGGCAUCCUCGUUUCUCAUCCUACCUUUGAUGAUAGCACACUGAAGAACUCCGUGACCGAACUGGUUGGUACCAUCGAGUCAUGGAACACUGCUAUUGGCGAAGCCGCGCUUCGUGUCCGCGGCGCAGUUCUCUCAUUAUCAUACUUGUUAAGCAGACUCGCUUACAGGAAGCUUCUGGACAAGGUUCCUGAAGCGCAAAUUAAGAACAUUAUCGACACAGUUCUAGAUAUCAUUGAUGCUUCUCGGGAUAACCUUCUUCAGCGAACUGCAGAGCUAGCCUUGGGCCAACUCAGUCUAUCUGGGAUUAUCUCACUGCAGACUCUCCAGGAGGAUGGCUGGAAGAAGCUACAGAAGAAAUUGGCGACCGAUGCCAAGACCGAAAAUAAUACUCCCAUCUCCGCCCUGGGUCUUCUGACUCUGACCUUCUCCCGAGCCCAGCCGGACACUUCUUUGUUCAACGAUUUUAUGAGCUCUCUUUAUGCUCUUCACGAAAUCAAGAGCCCCGAGGUCCAGUUCACCAUCGGUGAAGCACUGAGCAAUGCUGCGGUUGGGUGGGAUUCGCGGGCAUUAAUCCAAGAGUUUGAUGUCGAUGCAGACCUCCCUCAAUCAGAUGUGCCACGCACAGUAUUUGCCGAGGUAUGCGACAAGCUCAUCAAGGAUUGCGGCGCCUCCAAGCCAUCUCUCCGGAAGGCGUCGGCUAUAUGGUUACUGUCCCUCGUGAAGAACUGUGGACACCUGCAAGAGAUGCAGGAACGCCUACGUAAGUGUCAAGCCACAUUUACCAGCCUGCUGGGAAGCCGGGAGGAGGUGGUACAAGAAACCGGUGCCCAUGGUCUCAGCCUUGUCUACGAGAUCGGAGAUCAGUCCCUCAAGGAUGACUUGGUCCGUGACCUGGUGGAUUCUUUCACAGCGACUGGAUCUAAUCUCGGGGGUGGCAACAUCACGGGGGAUACCCAAUUAUUCGAACCGGGGGCUUUGCCGACAGGCGAGGGUUCCUCGGUCAAUACAUACAAGGAUAUUAUGAAUCUGGCCGCCGAGGCUGGAGAUCCAACUCUUGUCUACCGGUUCAUGUCUAUGGCUUCCAACAAUGCCCUCUGGACGAACAGAGCAGCAUUUGGUCGAUUUGGUAUUAGCUCGAUAUUCUCCGACUCCAGUGUCGAUGGAUAUCUCGCCAAGAACCCCAAGAUCUAUCCGAAGCUCUUCCGCUACCGAUUUGACCCCAACCCGAAUGUACAGCGAUCUAUGAAUACUAUCUGGCAGGCGCUCGUCAAGGAUCCGACCGUGGUGGUGGACACGCAUUUCGACCAGAUUAUGGAGGAUCUACUCAAAAGCAUGCUUUCGGGGCGCGAGUGGCGUGUUCGCCAGGCAAGUUGUGCCGCCGUGGCGGAUCUUGUCUCGGGACGCCGCCCAGAGAAGUACGCCCAAUAUCUCGAUGAGAUCUACGGCAAGGCGUUUAAGCUUUUGGAUGAUAUCAAAGAGUCCGUGCGAGUAGCCGCACUCAAGCUCUGCCAGACGAUCACCAACUCGGUGAUCCGCACGCUCGAGACCAACGGCUCUGAGAAACGUGCUGGUGUUCUACUCGGUAGUGCUGUUCCUUUCCUUCUUAGCGACAAGGGUCUUGACUCGAGUGUGGAAGAGGUGCGGGGAUACGCCAUCGGUGCCCUUGUGCAGAUUAUCAAAAAGAGCCCUGGCACACUGCUACAUCCCUUUGUGCCCAGCAUUCUUGAAAAGUUCCUGAGCUCGCUCAGUGCUCUGGAACCCCAGGCUGUCAAUUAUGUCCAUCUCAACGCUGACAAGUAUGGUCUGACCGGUCAGGAGAUUGACAAGAUGCGUCUAUCCAGCAUCCGUACCUCUCCCAUGAUGGAGGUCAUUGAGCGAUACCUGAUCGACCAUCUGGAUGAGAGCAAUGUGAAGGACCUAGCACCGAAACUGGAGAACACUCUCCGCACAGCCGUCGGCCUCCCCUCGAAGGUGGGCUGCAGCCGGGUCCUCGUCCUCCUGAGCAUGAAGACCCUCCUCUUCCGCCCCUACGCGGACCGGUUCAUCCAGCUCCUCAGCAAGUAUGUGGUCGACCGCAACGAGACGGUCAGCGCCUCCUACUGCACGUCAAUGGGGUACCUCCUGCGUCUCGCAUCCGACGACCAGGUCCUGAAGACCAUCGACUACGCCAAGACGCUCUAUCUCAACUCCGAAGAUGCAAACACGCGAACCAUUGCGGCCGAAAUCCUGUAUUCGGCUUCGAAGCUGUCCAACGACCGAUUCAUGGCCUUCGCUACAGCGGCCCUCCCCUUCAUCUUCGUCUGCAAGCAUGACGCAGAUGAGCAUGUGAAGGAGGAGUUCGACAAGACGUGGCAGGACAAUGUGGGUGGCAACCGAGCCGUGUCUCUGUAUCUCCGCGAGAUCGUGGAGCUAGUGGCGGACAACCUUGAUUCGGCACGGUGGGCCAUCAAGCAUACGGCCGCGCGGGCUAUCGCUCAAGCAGUGUUAUCGCUGGAGGGGGAGAUGGAUCUUCCGACGGCGCAAUUGGUGUGGCCGGUUCUGGAGAAGGCCUUGUCUGGCAAGACUUGGGAGGGGAAAGAAGUAGUGCUGACUGCGCUGGUGAAAUUCGCGCGCUCCGGUCGGGUGCUGUGGACGAGCCGAACAGAGUUGGCCGAGUUGCUCAAGACCAUCGCCGUGCGCGAAGCGAAGCGGACUAACGCAGCCUACCGGCCGCAUGGGCUGCGCGCCUUGGGGCAAAUCUCACAGGCCCGCGAGGUAGACUUAAUGCCUAAUGCGCUUGCGAUCAUUGGCCCCGUGAUUGACGAGGUCGUGGACGAACAAAAUGACGACGGUGACAAGAUGGAGAUAGACGGGAAGGGGCCCGACUCGACCGAGACGCUGGCCGCAUGUGUCCAAUGUCUCCUCCAAUGUCUAAACCCCGCCACGGCCGAAACCGAAGUGCUGGGAAACUACAUACGACAGGUAAUCGAUCCGUUGGACCAGGCCCUGACCCACGGGGCCCGACAGGUCGUCAGCACGGUCUAUCAGGAGCUCCAAGCGUUUUUCACCCGAGUGGAUCAGUGGCCGGGCUUUACGGAGGCUGCUGCACCGGAGUCAGCGCCCGAGAACAAGUCUCAGGCAGAGUUAGAGUCAGAGUCCGUGUUGGCUGGCCCUAUGCGAGGUCUCACUUCUCUACUCCUGCGCGAACGGGAUGCAGUCGAGGUGGUGCGCAAGGGUCGUGCGGAGGCGAUCCGGUCGUACCUGAAACUUCGGCCGGAUCUUCGUGGGGUAUGCGAGGCGCAGGUGGGCGAGUGUCUACGUGUGUGGAGGGCGGCCGAGAGAUCGAGUACCGUGCAGCGACUGUUGGACGAGGCGUUGAAUUUGGUGGGCUGA